CUCACCUGUACUUAAAACGCUGAAUGAUUUUUGCACUCGUUGGACUGAUUUAACCGGAGUGGUUGGUUUACACACAGCUCAGACAAGAUGCUUCUUCACAUUCUUUUCAUCGUUUUCCUUUUUUUGAACUCAAUAAAGUCCCAGAAAAACACUACAGGAAUCUUUCAGACCACAGAAACAGUGACGACAGCAAAAGCCUCCACCGUCACAGAAAUCCAACCUGGUGUUCAGCUGUUGGCCUCACCAGACUACCCCGUUUCAGAAGGUCAGAGAGUGCAGCUGCAGUGCAAACUUCUCAGUGGUUCAACGGUCAGCGUCGACUGGACUUGGCAAGUCCUGAAAGGUCAGACAUGGAAAGAGGUCGAUAGCGAUGGGGAGCUGAUACUUACUAAACCGGAGCAAAGUGGCGUGUACCGCUGCCUGGCCGGAUCCAACUGGAGCCAAAACCACACGGUUUCCAUCGUUGCCAUAAGAGCUUCAAUGGGGGAGGUUCUAGGAAUUGCUGCCUUCGUCCUCUCUCUUCUGGUAUUAAUAACCAUCAUUGCUGGUCUUCUGCUGGUGGUAUGGCAAAGAAUCGGAAGCCCCAAAACUCCCUCCAGUCCUGCAGUGAAAGAAAAAGAUCCUGGACCCAAAUUUGAACCAAAGGGAGAUUUUCCUACAGAGGACGGUGAUGGAGACUACAUGAACUACACAGGCAAAAACAGUGCCUACACAGAUCUGGACCCUUCCAGUCUGUCUGCAGAUAACGAGUACUCGACUGUAUAAUAAACGCUGAGCUGACAGGUGGAAAUAAAAGCGAAAGAGAAAAAAAA